GCGCCGGCCGGAAGUUGAGGCGGUUGAUGAUUUUGUCGGCAAACAGAAAGCGAGAAAAAAAAAAAACUGCAGGGGCAAGCAGCGUAUUGAGAAACACACACGCAAAGAGAAACAUAUCGGGUUUUACGCCACCCGAACAACCCCCUUACCCCUUCCGUCAUGGCUUCUAACCCCAACAUUGAUAUAGAGGAUGCAACCCAACACCUUCGGGACAUCCUGAAGCUGGACCGGCCCGGGAAUAGCGAUCCCUCAAGUGAAACUCCAAAGAAGUCGACGUCUUUCAACGGGGAACUCAAUGGCUUGAUGGGAGCAGACCUCAUAGCAGGGGGAGACCGAGGGGCCAUGUCGGAGAUGUGUAUCAGUAGCCAAGAGGACAUGAACAUGCAGGAGAAGCAAACCAUCUGUCUCUCUGGAGAGGACAGCUCCACCUGCAUCGUUAUAUCUGCCAGAGACGUGGAAAUAGUGGCAAGCCAUGACUCCAGCAUCAACAGCAAGGCCAGAGGCAGUAACAAGGUAAAAAUCCAGCCUGUGGCAAAGUAUGAUUGGGAGCACAAGUACUACUAUGGGAACCUGAUAGCUGUAUCCAACUCCUACCUUGCAUAUGCUAUCAGAGGUGCAAACAGCAUUGCUAUGAUCCGUGUGCUGAACAUAGGCACUGCAGAGCGCACUCUUCUGAAGGGGUUCACUGGCGGAGUGACAGACCUGGCCUUCGCUCAUCUCAACUCUAAUCAGCUGGCCUGCGUGGAUGAGGCUGGGAGCCUGUUUGUGUGGCAGCUAACGGAGGAAAAUGGGAAAAUACAAGAUGAGAUUAUCGUUCAUGUCAAGAGGCCGGAGAGCACCUCAUUGAACGGUAACAGGAGGAUAAUUUGGUGCCCUUUCAUACCAGAGGAGAAUGAGGAGAAUGCAGAAGAUGGAUGUCAGACUCUGGCCUUGCUACACGAGGACAGGGCUGAAGUUUGGGAUUUGGAAAUCAUUAGAAGCAACAACAGCUUGUGGCCCAUGGAAGCAACUGACUUCAAAGAAGGCUUUAUCACUGUCAAAGGACACAAUGCACGUAUCAGUGAAGGUGCCUUGUCACCUGACGGGACAGUCCUUGCCUCAGCCAGUCACGACGGAUGCGUCAAAUUCUGGCAGAUCUACAUUGAAGGACAGGAUCAACCGAGAUGCCUUCAUGACUGGAAACCCCACAAUGGUAAACCACUGUCUUGCCUGCUGUUUUGUGACAAUCACAAGAAGCAAGACCCUGAAGUUCCAUUCUGGAGAUUCCUGAUCACAGGCGCAGAUCAGAACCAGGAGCUGAAGAUGUGGUGCACUGUGUCCUGGACAUGUUUGCAGACUAUCCGAUUUUCACCGGAUCCUUUUAACUCUGGUGUUCUUCCAAGUCUGAAAGCCAGUUUGGACCUUUCUGCUGAAUACCUGAUUCUGACUGAUGUACAGAGAAAAGUGCUGUAUGUAAUGGAGCUGCUGCAGGACCAGGAGAAGGGCAGAGCCAGCUUCACCGCCAUCUCAGAAUUCCUGCUCACCCACCCUGUGCUGAGUUUCGGCAUCCAGGAUGUGAGCCGCAGCCGCCAGAGACACACGGAGGUCCUGCCGGCCGAGGAGGAGAGCGAGAGCAUGACUGUGGAGGGAAGCCAAGGUCCUGUGGAAUCCAAAGCAGGAGUCCAGAUAAAAUUAUACUGCGUGCACACAAAGUCACUCCAAGACGUGCAGAUCUGGUUUCAGCCUCACCUGAGUUCUGGGAAUUCCACGUUUCUGCCUGCCUCUGGCUCACACGAGGACUUCAGUUUUGCAGACCACCUGACAGACGUGAGCAUGGAAGGGUUGGGCUCAGACAAGGAGUCGGGCCGCGGCUCUCCACAUGACCUCUGCAGGAUAUCCGACCUGCCCGCUCCAGCUGACUUCCUGUCCGCUACCAGCGACUUUAAACCCAAACUCAUGACUCCAGAUGCGUUCAUGACUCCCAGCGGUUCAGCACAGCAGCAGAUCUCAGUCUCUCCUGGCAGCAGUGCUAGCACCCUGACCGCAGUAACCGGAAUGAGCAGCAAUUGUGUCAGCGACAGUGGAAUGUCCAGGACUGGUGAAGAAAUGACAAAGCUUUCCCUGGAUAGCAGCAUGACUCUCAGCAACAGCACUGGCAUGCAGGGCAGUUCUCGGAACAACUCUAUACUAAUCCCCGGACUUGCUGACCAGCUAUCUUCCAAAACUGUCCAGGUUAUUCCUCCAGCUAACCCUCCCCUCUCCCUGGACCUGCAGUCCAUUGAACCCCUCCUGAUGCCCCAAGCCUCUCCGACCCGCGAGCGCUCUCCUGACGUUAUUUCCUCCGCCUCCACGGCCAUGUCCCAGGAUAUCCCUGAGAUCGCCUCAGAGACCCUGCAGCGUGGGCUGGCUGCUUCGGGCGGCCUGCCUACCGAGGUCCUAGAGCCCACCCUCCACUCAGACAGCAUGGCCUCUGCUGCCUCGGCCCUGCACCUCCUCUCCCCCAGGAACCGGCACAACUCUGAGCACAGCCACCACUCCCUGGACAUGGGCUCUGGGGAGACGGAGCGGCUGUCUAAUACCCCCUCCCUCCUGGAGACAGCUCUCUCGCAGGAGAACGCAGCGGCUGCAGCUGCAGCAGACAACAGCGGGAGCCAGCCCUGGCCUGCUGCCCCUGAUAUUACCAGGGAGACCAGGAACAGCCUGAUUGACAGCGCGCGUGAGGAUAUGAAAGAGAAACACAAGACUUCACUAUUCCACAGACAUGCCUACCACCUCCCCCAGCACGACAGUCAGGAUGCCAGUGCAGAGCAGAGUGAUCAUGAUGAUGAAGUUGCAAGCCUUGCAUCCUCCUCAGGAAAUUAUGGUUCCAAAUCCACCCACAGGCUACCUGUGAAGGAAUGGAAAUCCUCUCCACGGGGUUCCCCAAAAUUAAAGAGAAAGACCAAAAAGGAGGAGGGGGAUGUUGCUCAGGCAAGGUCUUCUGAUCAUCAGAUGAGCCCUGAGCUGCAGGAGGAGCUGCUGUCCCUGGUGCGCUGUCAGCAGAGGGAGAUCUCAGAGCUGAGGCAGAGCCAGCUGGAGCUGAUGCAGAGGCUCACCAACCACAUGGACGCCGUCCAGAGCUCCAUCAUGGGCCACGUGGAGCGAGUGAUGAUCACCCAACAGGAGCAGGAGCAAAGGAGAAUGGAGCGGAUCCUGGCCGAUGGGCAAGACCGCAACAGACAGUUCCAGGAGCAGUUGUCUCAGCAGCUCUCGCAGUCUCUCUCCAACACCCUGUCCAACAGGCUGGACAAGACCGUCCGGGAUGAGAUGAAAAAGACUGUACCUCAGUCUAUAUCCAAGAGCUUGGAGCCAGUCACAGGUCAAUUGAGCAACACAAUUGCAGCCAGACUCACCUCAGUGGAGGCAACAUUGAAGGAGAACAUAACCAAAAUGGUGAAGUCAAAGAAUACUACAGAUGCCAUUGGGAGAGCGGCAGCAGAUGCUUUACAGGGACCCAUCCAGACGGCAUACAAGGAGGCUUUCCAGAGCAUAGUGUUGCCAGUCUUCGAGAAGGGCUGCCAGUCCAUGUUCCAGCAGAUCAAUGACAGCUUUAAGAGUGGAACGCAGGAAUAUAUCCAGCAGCUUGAAAACCAUCUGAAAAACAAGAAGUUAAGGGAGCAUGAGGUUCGGGACCCUAUGAUGGGACAGCUACAGCAGAUGAUCGACACUUUCCAGAACUCGACGGACCAGCUGCCUUCCAAUGUCACAGCCAGCGUGCGAUCCGAAGUGCAGCACCAGCUACACAUCGCGGUUGGAAACCUGCAGGACUCGAUCUUGACCCAGGUCCAGCGCAUUGUGAAGGGUGAGGUGAGCAUGGCCAUGAAGGAGCAGCAAGCUGCAGUCACCACCAGUAUCAUGCAGGCAAUGCGCUCAGCCGCUGGGACGCCCAUCCCAUCCUCGCAUCUCGACUACCAGACCCAACAGGCUAACAUCCUCCAGCUGCUGCAGCAAGGGCAGCUCAACCAGGCUUUCCAGCAGGCACUGUCUGCUGCUGACCUGAACCUGGUUCUCUAUGUGUGUGAGACGGUGAACUCCCAGCAGGUUUUUGGACAGAACUCCUGCCCACUUAUCCAGCCUGUGCUGCUGUCGCUCAUUCAGCAACUCUCUACUAAUCUGGCUACCAGGACUGAACUCAAAAUCAGUUACCUGGAGGACGCAGUAAUGAACCUGGACCACGGUGACCCGGUCACUCGAGACCACAUGAGCUCUGUCCUCAGCCAGGUCCGACAGAAGCUGUUCCAGUUCCUGCAGGCAGACCCCCACAACGUGCUGAGCAAGCGGGCACGGCGGCUCAUGAUGAUGCUGCAGGGGCUCGUCAACCAUGGCAUGAGCUAAACCAAGGGAACAGCACCCCUCUCCGUCUGCAACAGCACUGCUAGACACAAACGCUGGAGACAGGGCUUGCAGUGCAGUAACCCAUAGUUGUAGCAAACUGAAUGGAGGAAAUAUAAUCCCUGUUUUAUAUUAAGAUGCCAUAUUCUUGGCUACAAGACAUGAUGUUCUGUUUUGUGAUCAUUUCAUCCUAAUGUCAUAGCAAGCUUUGUUUUUUCCCCUAGUUGAGUGGAUUCAGUUAAGCCACCGUUUCUAACCUACCCUGAAGUGUCAAAGGUGUACUGGGUUCAACAUGAACAGGAGUAGCACAUAUUUUGUUUCUAAUUGACCUGAAUUCCUAUUUUCCAGCCAUGUGCCUUUUUUUUUUUUUUUUUUUUUUUUUUUUUUUUUUAUUACUCAGAAUACACACAGAAUAAAAUACCUUUCACGUUUUUGAUUCUCAAGUUGCAGUACUCUUAAAGCCAUCUUGCAUUACAAAGAGAAAAGGAGAGGUGAUAACUUAUUGGGUUAACUAAGAAAGUAUUAAAUCACAAGCUUUCAAGACCUCGGAGGCCUCUUAAGGUGAAAGUAGAAAAGAAAGAUUGCACCUGUCGUUACACCUGUCUUUGUGCAGUGUAAGGAAAAUGUCAAGAUGGGUGCAGAUUGGGCGACAACUGCUAUAUUCACUUACCCUUUUGGCUUAAAAUCACUAUUUGUACGUCUCAUUUGACUUCUCACACUAGCUCCUGUUGCUUCCUCUGAUAUGAAUAUACAAUAUUCUGUUUUCAAGCACAUUAGUGUCAAUGUUGUGAUUUGAAUGGUUGCUGGAGGUUUUGAUUUACUGAUGCUGGAGGUCCUGGCUGGCUUCCUUUUCCUUGUUUUCUUUGGCCAGAGAGGAGGCUUAAGUUUCAGCUGUAAUGCUUUGGGCAGGCACCAGGUGGCAGUUGUUGCAGGGCCAGAUUUUAUAAAACCUCCAUUAGGCAGAUGACAAUGGUGUGUCCCAUCCUACAGCUUUAUAUAAAGUACCUAAAGUUUUAAACCUGUUUGUUUUGGAGCGAUUUGGGUGGAAUCUGGCAGUCCAAAUCCUGUACAUUGGGAGCCUGUAUGUGUGGAAUUGUGGCCUUGCUAUUAAACACAGGAAAACUAUGAUGCAAAUUGCAUUUGUCAUAGUGACUGCAUGUAAAAUCUCCUAAGCUUGCCAGUGCAGUGAUGCAACGUGGUUGUAUGUAAAUUCCUGGGGGCACUCUGGGCAUUUCCUAACCAUAGCCCUGCUUUGUGGCUAUAUUGUAAAAUGUGUAAAAACUUUAAAUUCUUUAUUCCUUUUAUAAUGCAUCAGUACGUUGGUUCAGUCUUGUGUUUUGCUUUAGCAAGUCUUCUGGAGUAUUGGUGUUUGUUAUAACAGAUGGUCUUUCACGCAGGUGCCUGAAUCAUGUGGAGAUUCCCACCUUUUUUUCCUUUUGUGUCUUGUGCACUGCAGUAAUUGAGAGUGCUGGCAAUUCUACUUCUGCCCAAGCCAGCAGCAUUACUUUGGUUGCAAGAUUUCUGAUUGCAGCAGAGACCAACCUGGUGCUUUAUGUUCUGUUCCAGUUUUGGAAAUAUCUUAGUCAAAAUGGUAAUUUUGUCCUGACUUCUUAUUUUCCUCUGUUCAUGUGUAGAAAUGUAAGACUUAUCAGACAGCCUUGAUUGACUGACUCAAGAUGUUACUGGUUUUUGUAGAAUCUCUCUUGUGGCUAGGAAAAACAUAUUAAAAAAAAAAAAAAAAAAAAAACCUUUAGGUACAUGCGCUGUCCAAAUAACUUUGUUUUAUUAUUCUGUCAUCCAUUAUCCUCCUAGUAAUGCUGAAUUUAGCAAUAUUAAGAGACAAUGGAAAAGACUGACACGUUUGCCAUUAAAUUUAAAUGUAAGUUUAUUUUAGUGUUAUUAUUGUUCUGAAGCCUUAAUGGAGAUGUAUGUUUUAACCCGAGCAAAGUGGCAGGUCUUCGUGUGUAAUAUAUCCGAGAAGUUUAGAAAAGCAAUAAUAAUUUUUAUUAUA